AUGUCGAAGUUCCACCUUCCAUCUUCCACGACUUCUGCAAACUCUACUCCAGCAAAUCCCUCAACAUACACGACAGACGACGAGGACGAUGACAUCGACACGCUGCCGUAUCCCGGAGAGCUUCCUCGCAAUGACUUUCUAGCGCCUGACUUUGACCCACAGACAUACCUUUCGACUCUCCGCAAUCGACACCAAACGCUGGAGGACCUGCGCUCGGAUCUAAGGCAAAGAAGUCAGCUGCUCAACAAGGAAUUGCUCGAUCUCGUGAAUGGAAACUACGAAGAAUUCUUGAGCUUGGGAGGGGACCUCAAAGGUGGAGAAGAAAGAGUAGAAGGCGUGCGACUUGGUUUAUUGGGCUUUCAGCGAGAAGUAGAGGCAAUCAAGAAAGGUGUUAGAGAAAGAGCCGAUGAGGUGGGACAGCUUGUGAAAGAGCGAAAAACAGUCAGACGAGAUGUUGCGCUGGGCAGAUCUUUGCUGGAAGUCAACGAAAAGUUGACAGAGCUUGAGGAGGAUCUGGGUAUUAAGACGGGCGCAGAAUACGAUGACUUGGACGAUGAGGAUGAAGAGGAGGAUGCCAACGUCGGCGGAGUCCGUGUUAAGAAGUUGCAACAACACGCGCAGCAGUACGUCCUGAUCACCAGAUUGAUGGGUCGCAUUGGCGCCAGUCACCCUUUCCUCGUCGCUCAAGGAUCAAGACUAGAGGAAAUCAGUCGGAUCAUUCUUUUGGAUCUCGCCGCAGGGCUGAGACAAGCGGAGAAGAGCGCACCGGAAGCCAUUGUUUCGGUGCUGAAAGUUUACGGAGACAUUGGAGCAGAGGAAGAAGGCGUGAAGGUCUUGAAAGGCAGCUGA